GUAACGUCUGUGUUUAAUUCGACCAAGAUGCUUAAGACAGUUUCAUUCGAGUUGCAUCACAGCUCAGCCUUGGAGAAAUGUGGAAUGCGGUGGAUUUUUAUCUACUUCAUGCUUUCAGGAAUCCACUCCCUCAUCACCGUCCACCAGGAUCCUGUGGUCGUGACCUCUCUGGAUGAUGAUGUCACUCUGCCCUGCGAGCUAACCUUGUCCCGAGAGGAGAGGCUGACCAAGGUGCCCGUCUUGUACUGGGAGUAUCUCAAAUCCGAGCAGCCAGGUAUGUGGCCCAAAGUCUGGCCCGCCUCGGAAAAUUACAUGGGACGAGUGGAACGUCUGGACAAUGACUUCAACUCAACAAACAAGUCCAUACGUUUUAAGAGUGUCCGGUGGGAGGACAGCGGCAUGUACCAGUGUAAACUCUCCAUCCACACAGCGCGCGGAGGAAGUGAGAGGAAAAAAGGAAGUGGAACCCUGCUGUUGGUUCAUGACAUCAUAUCGCUCAACACCACGGCUGAGGGUGACAGGUGGCUCCAGUGUGCGGUCAGAGUGUCCCGGGACCCAGGUUUUGUUUUGUCUGUCUUCCACGUUGGAUCCAAACAAAUUCUUAAAAACGUCUCGACACCCCUCGAGACCUGUGACGCCAAUACGUCGUUGUACGUCACACUCUCUCUGACUGUGCCUCUGACGAAGAGCGGAACCUUCGAAUGCCGCCUCCACCUGAACUCCACCCAGAAAACCAAAGAGACCUUCCACUACAACCUGACUGUGGCUGGCGGAGGUGGAGAUGGUGGAAAAAAUCUUUCAGCAGCAGGUUCAGCCGUCAAUGAUGGGCAGAAGAUGUACCCAGAACCGUGGCUCCUGUACGCGUCGAUGCUCCUGGUGCCCGUCACGCUCCUGCUGGCCAUAUCCACUGUCUGGCUAUGCAGAUGCUGAGUUAAUCCACAUCUGUCCUGACCUGAGAGACACCCGGCGGCUUAGCAAUCAGGGAUUCAACUUGUCAGCAGAACAGAGCUAGGCUUCCAAAAUGUAUUUUGGCUUAAGAUCAUCAUUAUUCAUAACUAUAUCCAUUUGUUUCAGAGACUAGAAUAUACAGUACUCCCAUUGGAUGGGAGCAAUCCAUCACUGCUAGGACUUGGGGAUUAGGAUUUUAUUAUGAUGCAUAACAUUAGCUACUCUUCCUGGGGUCCGCAUAAAACACAAAAGCUUACAGACAAAACAACCACAUGAAAUUAAAAACAGAAAAGCGUACAUACAAAGUGAAAUCUUACAACAUAUGGAUAUGCAUAUAGAUAUUCCUAUACAAAAAAAGUACAAAAUGUGGUUACAGGCAUAGGGGUAGUAGGUGCUGCCUCACUUGUUUUUUAAAGUUGGUGCUUUACCAAUCUGAGCUGGAGGAGAGUUUAAUACAGUAUUGUGACUGGCUUUAAUUGUGUUCUAGAUCAAAAUGCGGAUUGGGACGCAUAUUUUUGUUUGAACCCGAACCGAGAUGGGAGCAUAGUAACUAAGUCUGACCCAUACCCGACAGGCAGUUUUUUCUUGUAUGUUUUUCUUGUCCUCCAUCGCUAGGUUACAUUUAUUGCCUGACAUAGCCUACGCAUUGCCUUCAGCGUCAUCAUGUCAACUCCAGCACUGUAUAGAAUAUUGCCCAGAACAGAGAGUAGGUCCAUCAUUCUUCAUUAAAAUACCGAAGAUGUGACCGAACUUGACCUAAACCCGAACAUAACGCUGAUGCUGUCUCAUCUGACUUGUAUGUUGUAUAAAUUAGACUUUAUUGUGUAUUGAAGGGCAAGACCAGCUGCUUUGUUCUGAGCCAGCUGCAGUUUUCCUUGACCCGUCUUUGCAGCACUUGACCAUAUCUAUGGGCAAUAAUAGAUGUGUAAAACUAGAGUCUACAGGGCUUGUUUGGACAAGUUUGGUGGAAGAAAAGCAAAGCACUUCUUUAUAACGGAUAUGUUCCCUCCUAUCUUUACAACAAGAGAAACUAUAUGCCUUGUCCAUGACAGUUUAUCACCUAAAAUAACAACAUAACAAGCUUUGUUUCAUCUACUUGUUCUACAUUUUGCAUUUUGAUCAAGAACGAAUCUCUGAUGGUGAAGACAAAUGUAACCACAACUUGCCAUGUAUGACUCAUUCUGUGAAAAAGAGAGAAAACACAGAAUUUCCUCGGUUCCCGCCUCAACAGAAGAGCGUACUUGUUCCUGUUUCUCAUUAAGUUACAUCUGCGGUUUCUAACGUCACUUUCUUUACUAAUCUUUCUGUUCCUUAUGUUUACAAAAAAAUGGGACUUCUUUUUUAUUUGUAGAGGAUAAUUCCAUUCACAACAUUUA